UUGAGAGCGGCGGGGUGCUGUUGCAGGGCCGAGUGAGAUAUCCGCAGUCGCGAUAGUGCCGCGCGAUUGUACGUAGGGUGAUCGGGUGUCGGCGCAAAGGCCUGCAGCGCGCCUUCCAGAGCUCGUGCUUUCUUUUCGCUGGCGCUCCGCGUCGGAGAGAGAGAAAUAGCGUGACCAAGACAGCGGAGGGCGCCGGUGGCGACUCCGAGACUCCUCGACGCGAGUCUCUGAGCGCAUCUGCGCCGACGCGGCGGACCGACAUCCCGUGACCAGGCGCCCGCAGGCGUCAGGCGCACCGGGAUCGGCACCCACGUUGUGUCUGUGCGCCGAGAUCGAUCGUCAGCGCGUGGCUCUCGGCGCCAGCGGCUAAGAGGGGCGCGGGCACGCUGGGCGGAGGUGGGCGCCUGGACGGAUCCGACCGACGCAGGCAGAAGGGGAGGACGCUUCACGCAUCAUGGCAGACGGGGAGGACGCGUCGCUCACAAACGUGGGCGAUGACUUCGGAGGGAGCGACAGCGCGACCGGGGAGGUCGCCGCUGACCUGCUGGGCGACAAGAUGGACGACCAGCUGGAGCCGGAGCUGCCUUAUGAGAGCAACACUGACAUGACGCAGGAUGAGCUCAACAAGGCAAGGUCGAGCAGGCGGCGCUCGGAGGGUGUCCAGGGGGCGCGCCCUGACCUGAGGCCAGCCGCUCGCCACCCGGCACGCUCCCACUCGCUGGACGAGGGCCGGCGCACGCCGCUGAUGGGACGCGGCCUCUCGCUGGACAGUGGCGGCGGCGAGCGGAGACCAACCGAUUGCGGUGUCCUGCAGUACAUCGCCGACCUGCUAACCCGACAGGACAGCGCGCCGCAAAGGAGCUGCAGCAUCGUCAACGGCUUGGAACAGGCGGUGCUGGACAUCUACGAUCCGUUCCGAAGCUCCCACCUGGACCUCAGCAAGGGACUUCAUCAGGUGGCGCGCGAGGGCGAUUCGGAGAUGAUGCGCCGCCUGCUCGACUCGCUGCUCAGUCACAACGAGCGGCUGCAGCGCCGGCUCAACCAGCUGGACGCCGAGCGGCUGUCGCCGCUGCACUACGCCGCCCGCUACAACCGGCUCGACACGGUGCGGCUGCUCAUCAAGUACGGCGCGCGUGUCAACAUCCGCGGCGAGGAUGGCCUGACGCCGCUCCACCUGGCCGCCAGGUAUCGGCGCCUUCUCCAAACGCCUCCACAACCAGAGGAAAAGGAGGAUGAAGAGGAGACGCAGGUGACGCCGCCCUCGCCGGAGGAACAGGAGGAGACCGUGAUCCAGGUGUUAGUGGCGAAUGGUGCUGACGUCAAUGCCAAGGAUAUGUACGGGCUGACGUCACUCCACUACGCCGCCAUGCGCGGUAACGACCUGGCCGCCCAGCAGCUACUCAAGUGUCCCAAUGUCAACGCAGAGGCCAAGGACAAGCAGCAGAUGACGCCGCUGCACAUGGCGGCCACCUACGGCUAUCCAACGGUGACCAGCCUGCUGCUGGAGAUGUUCGUGCCGCUGCGCUGCGUGGAUGAGGAACAGCAGACGCCACUGCACAGCGCGGCUAAGGGAGGACAUCAGCACAUCGUCGACAUGCUACUGCGUUCCGCCAGCGAACUCGCAGGACACGAGACUGUCAAACUGAUGGUGGCCGACAAGGACCAGCGGCUGAACACGGCCCUGCACCUGGCCGUCGAUAGCGGCAGCCAGGCCACCGUCGAGCUGCUCUUGGACGCCGAGGCCGACGUCAACGUUUGCAACGACACGGGCGACACGCCGCUUCACGCAGCCGUGGUCGGCGGCCAGCUGGAUAUCGUGCAGCUGCUGGUUCGGCACCAUGCGGCCAUCAACGUUCAGAACUACCAGGGCCAGACACCGCUGCACCGAGCGGCUAUGUUCAACCACAUCGACAUCAUCGCGUACCUGCUGAGCAGGCGGGCCAGCAUCGAGCGGCUGGACGCGGAUAACUUCACUCCGUUGCUGCUGGCGGCGGCGGCGGGCCACGCGCGUGCCGUGCACACCCUGCUGGAGAACGGCGCUGACAUCGCCGCCGUCGACAAGCACGACAUGACGGCCAUUAGUUGGUGCGCCCAGGAGAACAACAUCGGCGCCCUGGAGGUGCUCCUGAAUCACGAGCUGGCGCUCGGCCUGGUGGACCGCAGUGACAAGUACGACAACUCGCCACUGCACAUGGCCUGCAAAAACGGCUACUUGGCCGUGGCGCGCGCCCUGCUCGACGCCGGCGCCUCGAUUGACAACAAAAACGAGGACGAGCAGACGCCGCUGCACGUGGCGGCCAAGUACGGCCGGACCACGGUGGCGAAGGAGCUGCUGCGGCGCGACAAGCUUAUCAUCACGGACCAGGACGAGCAGCAGAACACGGCGCUGCACGUGGCCUCGCUGGAGGGUCACCAGUUGGUGGUGGAGGCGCUGAUCGAGGCCGGCGCUGCCGUGGAGGCGCGCAACGUCCACCUGUGGACUCCACUGGAUUGCGCCUCUGCACGCGGGUGGAAGAUGACCGUCAAGAUCCUGCUGGCUAACGACUCGCCAGUGGACCCCCUGGACAAGUCGAAGACGACGCCGCUGCAGCUGGCGGCGCGCGAGGGCCACCGCAGUGUGGUGGAGACGCUGCUGGCGGCCGGGGCCCGGCUCAGCGCCUGUGACAGCGGCGGCAAGAACGCGCUCGAGCUGGCCAUCUUGCACGGCAAGAGGGACGUCGUGGAGGCCAUCCUUCACUCGGAGCAGUGGCGGGACGCGAUGAGCAACGAGAGCAUAUCGGCGCGCGGGGUCCGUGUCACACCCCUCCGCAUGCUAAUCAAGAAGUACCCCGACCUGGCCGAGCAGGUGUUCAACAUGUGCACCAGAACCAACGGUCUGGAGCUGAGCGACCGAAAUCUGGCCGUGACGUUCAAUUUCGAGUUCAUUGACGACACAUACACCUGCCUGGUGCAUGAUGAGGAUCUCGAGAUCCCCAUCAAAGAUGACUCCAGCUCAGCGGGCCAGACCUUUAACAACUCGUCAUACACGGACGACGACAGGGUCAGAAGCACCGCCCGGCCUUACACUUACGACUCUAGCAUCCGAAAAAACAACCACCCGCUGAUGAUCAUGGUCCGCACCAAACGAGUGGCGCUCCUGGGCCACCCGCUGUGCAUCACGCUGCUCCACCUCAAGUGGCACAAGCUGGCUCGGUAUCUGUACUACACCAACCUGAUCUUAUACGUCACCUUCUUGACCUUCCUCACCGGCUAUAUGGUGUCUACGCCGCCUCCAGACGCCUUCGGCCACAAGACACCGGCUGGAGAGGGAUAUGCGGACGGGUCACCGGCGGCGGCGGGCGAGAUCAACCAGACGUUCGUGGAUUGCGAGAACAUCCGAACACUGUUCAGCGUGCGCCAGAACGCGUUCGCAGACGUGGGCCGCUGGGUCAUCACCGUGCUGGCAUGUGUGCAGCUCGCCAAAGAGCUGUUCCAGGUUUUCCAGGCUCGCUGGCACUACUUUGGCUGGAACAACAUGCUGGAGUGGACUUGCUACGUCUGCGCGCUGCUGUUGGUUUGGGACUUCGACCAGUGCUCCCGGGCCACCGGCAUCCGACUGGUUUGGCAGUGGAAGGUCGGAGCUGUUGCGGUGUUCCUCGCCUGGAUGAACUUGCUGCUCUUCAUCCGCAAGUUCCCCGUGUUUGGCAUCUACGUCGUCAUGUUCACCGACGUUCUCUCGACGUUCACCAAGUUCUUCCUCGUCUUCUUCUUAUUCAUCACGGCAUUUGCCAUAACCUUCUUCGUUCUUUUGCAGAAUCAGGUGGCAUUUUCAACGGUGGGGAAGUCCUUGCUAAAGACUUCUGUGAUGAUGAUUGGAGAGAUGGAUUAUGGGUCUAUCUUCGACGGCGAGGAAAGCGUGCACUUUCCUGGUGUCACCUAUACCUUAUUCGUCGCGUUCUUAAUCCUGAUGUCCAUCAUCAUCAUGAACUUGUUGGUGGGUCUAGCCGUGGACGACAUCAAGUCUGUGCAGGACCAGGCCUCGUUGAAGCGGCUGGCGAUGACGGUGCAGCUGGUGCUGGACGUGGAGUCGAUCGUGCCCGACUUUAUCCUGCGCAAGCUGACCAUGCGCAACAUGACGGUGUAUCCCAACCAACGUAGAAAAAACUUCAUCGCCAAGCUGUGGCGCGGCGACUUCGCCAUGAAAGAGGUGGCCGAGAAGCUGAUCCAGGACGCGGAAAAGGUGGGCGCCGACCAGGCGCAGGAGACGACUAUCGCCCAGCUGCGCGGCGUCAAGCAGGAGGUGCGGCUGAUGGCGACGCAGCUGCAGACGGUGCGCGCCAUGACGGAGGCGCUCAUCAGGAAGAGCGGCAUCGACUGGGAAGCCGAGGACCAGUACCAUUUCGACUGAGCGGGCCCCGCGUCGGCUGGGGCCACACGCCAUGCGUGCAGGUGCCCGACGCUGGUGGGAACCGGCUGAGCUGCGUCU